AUGGUACUAUCACUGGAAAUAGAAGGUAAUUGGGAUAUAGUGAUAACAUCCUUACAAGAUAUCUGUAACUCAAAUGAAUCAUUAAGUUUUGAUAAUAUUUAUAACAAGUAUCUUGAAGAUUUCACCAAUCGAUUAAAGGAUGCAAAAGAGAAUGGUAAUGAUAAUGAUGACAAUGACGAUGAUAAUGAUAUAAAACGUGCUAAACGGACAAAAAUUGACAAAGAAGAGGAAGAAGAAUUAAACAAAUUAAAGGAAGAGAUAAUAGAUCAUAAAUCAAAUAUAGGUACUGCAAAACGAUUAAUUGAUACAUCCCAAGAAAAAUUACAAACAUUAAUAGAAUAUUUACAAAAAGAACAAGAGAAGAAAGCUGCUGCUUCGAAGGAAGCUUUAGCUGUACUCAAUGAUGUCAAAGGUAGUGUGUCACCUGAAGAAGAUGCCGAGAAUGAUACUGGAGCUGAUAAUAUGGAGAUUGAUGAAGAGGAAGAAGAAGAAGAAGUUGAAGAGGAAGAAGAAGAAGUUGAAAGUAAAGAAACUUCAGAACCACCCGUACCAGUUAGAGAAGGUGUAUCUACUAGAAAGGGUACGGCGGCCAAAAAGAGAGGUGCUACUCCAUCUUCAGCUGCUUCAAGUACAACCAUUGCAACUAAAUCUUCAAAAGCAUCUGCUGCUACUAAUGAUUCAAAGAUUACUAAGGAUUCUAAAAAGGGUAACGUUAAAAAAGUGGGUAGACUGUUCUACACAUCUAAAUUCAAUCCUCUGGAACCUAUACUUGUGGGAUCCGAAGUGGCUUAUAAAUUAAAGAAUCGUCAUUUUGAAGAAUGGAUUCAAUGUGAGGUUAUGAAGGUAAUUGGUGAUGGUAUUAAAUUUGAGAUUCGAGAUCCUGAACCUGAUGAAAAUAACAAUCCUGGUCAAACUUUCAAAGCCAAUUACAAAGAAGUUUUAUUAAUACCCCCUAUUGCUGAAGUUAAAGAGUUAUCAAAUUAUCCUUAUGGUACUAAAGUAUUAGCCAGAUAUCCUGAAACUACUACAUUUUAUCCUGCCAUUGUAGUUGGAUCAAGAAAAGAUGGUAAUGUAAGAUUAAAAUUCGAUGGUGAAGAAGAAGUAAAUAAAGAGACUGAAGUUGAGAGAAGAUUGGUAGUACCAUUUCCUGAGAAGUAA